UCACUCACUCCACACUCUUCAGUUCUAUCUCUGAACUUCAACAGACUCCAAAAAACAAGGGAUCUACAAACCAGCUCUGCAAGGAAAUGGCCUCUAAAGAGGCCGCUGGAUACAAGUGUCGGAUCGCUCUGGUGCUGUUUCUUCUUUUGGGCAGCAUUGCGGCUCUGAUCGCUGUCGCUGUCAUCCAGAACAAAUGGAGCUUCACUUCAUAUAGUAUGGAGUAUGGUAUAGUGAUAGAUUCAGGCUCAUCUCGUUCAAAUAUUUACCUGUAUGAGUGGCCCGGAGAAAAGCAAAAUGAGACAGGGAUUGUGAAAGAAGUCAUGAACUGCAGGGUUGCAGGUGAUGGUAUCUCAGAGAUGAAAGUUGAUCCAGAGAAGGAUGCUGCUUCAUGGAAAGCUUUCAAAGCCUGCAUGACCAACAUCAGCAAAGCCAUUCCCGAAGAAAAGCAUAAAAAGACUCCUCUAUUUCUGGGAGCAACAGCCGGGAUGAGAUUGCUGGAGGAAAGCAAUAAACCCAGGGCCAUGGAAAUCAUGGAAAGUCUCAGACAGUACCUCAGUGCCCUGCCUUUUAAUUUCCAAAACGCCUCCAUCAUCAGUGGACAGGAGGAAGGCCUGUAUGGAUGGAUCACAGUCAACUACAUCAUGGAGAACUUUUUUGAGAAAAAUAUGUGGAAUAAAUACGUGAGACCAGAAGGAGGACAAACCUUUGGAUCCAUGGACCUGGGCGGCGCCUCUACACAGAUAGCCUUCACAGUAGGAGAGAACCUUACUGGAGAGGAUUACCUGCACGUCAAGUUGUAUGGCUACAACUACAAUGUGUACACGCACAGCUUCCUCUGCUAUGGCAAAAAUGAAGCUGAGAAACAGGUCUUGGAUAAAAUAAUUCAGCAAUCAUCCAACCCAGAUCUCAUCUUAAACCCUUGCUAUCCAGAUGGUCUCAACAUAACACAUAAAGCAUCAGACAUUUACGAUACAACAUGCACAAAGAUACCAGGGAAAUAUAACCUGAACCAAACGUUCUUCAUGGUGGGAACUGGGGACUCAGAAGAGUGUAAAAAGACUGUCAGGAUGAUUUUUGACUUUGACACAUGCAAUGCAGACCAGUGCUCUUUCAAUGGAGUGGAGCAGCCACCAGUCUUUGGAGAAUACAUGGCAUAUGCUGGAUUCUUCUUUACAGCUAGAGCUAUUGGUGAUAAUGAAGAUCUUGACACCUUCAGGGCCGCAAUAAGUAAAUUCUGCCACACAUCCUGGGUACAGUUAAAGAAAGAAAAGACAUGGAUCUCUGACAGAUAUCUCAAGACUUACUGUUUUGCUGGCCACUAUGUCUUUUCCUUACUGACAGAAGGCUACAAGUUUGACAAAAACACCUGGCCGAACAUACACUUUGAAAAAGAGAUAAAGAAGACAAGCAUUGGGUGGAGUUUAGGGUACAUGCUAAGUCUGUCUAAUAUGAUCCCGUCUGACGUGAAGGAAAACUUCCCCAUGUCAAACCCUCUGUUUGCUGGACUUAUAUUCCUAUUCUCAGUCCUCACCAUUAUAACCCUUGUGAUUGUCUUCAUCUUCUGUGUGCGCACCUGCUACUAAGAUCCUGGGAAGAAAAAGAAUGAAUUGAAAGAAUAGGCUCGAUAUAGGAAGAGGCUUGAAUGAAAAGAAUAGGCAAUCAGCGGCAUGUACCAAAAGCUUCUGACAUGUAACUACAAAUUGUGAUACCUCAGGGAUGUUGAUUGAAGGGAUGUUUUUCAAUAAAUUGGCAUGACCUAAAACAAAGGAGUAGAUGGUUACAGGAUGUUGUACUUAUUUAAUAGUGUUUUAGAGAUAAAACCUCCUUUGACUCCAUUUUAUCUGGAUGAAUGAACACAACUCAGGGGAGCUCAUUUGUCUGUUAUGUUUGUGUACUGUUGCUAAUUGCUGUAUCUCUUGUGCGUUUGAUACAAAUAACAAUACAGCAUUCGUGGCAUUGGGAUCAACAAAAAUUGACCAUCAAUGAAAACUAUAAAACUUUUAUUUUAAAUUGUCAUAAGCAUGUAUGAAGAACUAGUGUUACCCUUAACUGUAUCUUGUUACCAGUCUGAACAUUCCAGCCAUCAUCCGGAAGCAAAGACAAAUAUUGAAUAAAAUAAAUCCUAAAUAUUUUUAAGACAAAAGCUCACAAACUCUUGUGAUCAUACAAGCUGCAUGUGUAAAUAUGUUUAUACAUUUGCUGAAUGAGACCAGUAGUUCCUGUGUUGUGAAUAAUGAAUGUCAUUCUACAUUUCCAGCAGUAGGAUAAACAAUGCUAGUGAAGAGCUGCUUCUCAAAGUGAAGGUAGAGGUUUUUUUUUUAAUGUAAUGUAUGUAUGUAUCACGGCACAAAUAAAAAUUUGACCAUCCA